AUGGGCUUGGAGACAAAGAUCAAUAAAUCAGCCAGAUUGUUGACUGGCUUUAAUGGUGCGACAACGGUUACCAUGGACACGAUAGACCUCGACGUCUACUCCCCACCUCGUCAGGACCAAGCCGAGGAAGUCCGUCCAGAGGUCUCUCUUGAAGAAGGAUGGAAACUCAAAAAGGACGUCGAGCUAAUACCUUUGGAUCCUAACCAGCUAGACAGAAAAGCGCGAAUUGCCUCGCACCUAAGCUCAGACGAGAAGGUGGAGUUGACCACCUUCCUCCAGAAAAACAAAGACAUGUUCACAUGGUCGCCAUCAGACAUGCUUGGCAUCGACCUAAGCAUCAUCUGCCAUCGACUCCACGUCAACCCUACUAACAAGCCAAUGACAUAG